AUGUCCAGCAAAAAUUACAAAAUCGCCUGCAUUCCCGCAGAUGGCAUCGGUCCGGAGGUUAUCGACGCAGGAGUGAAAGUGCUCGGAGCGCUCAGCUCAGCCAGCAAAUCGUUCACUCUGGAUUUCGAACACUACGAUUGGAGUUCUGAAACAUACAAGAAGACUGGCAAAUACAUUCCUGGCAAUGGCCUCGAAGAAUUGAAAAAGCACGACGCAAUCUUCUUUGGGGCCGUCGGAGCACCGGAUGUGCCCGAUCACGUCUCGCUAUGGAGUCUUCGUCUGGCUAUCUGCCAGGGAUUUCAGCAAUACGCAAACGUCCGUCCGACAAAGAUCCUCCGUGGUAUAGAGUCGCCUCUCCGCAAAGCAUCGACCGGUGAUCUCGACUGGGUCAUCAUCCGCGAAAACAGUGAGGGCGAGUACGCAGGCCAAGGAGGUCGCAGUCACAAAGGCCAGCCGUGGGAGAUUGCGACCGAAGUCAGCAUCUUCACUCGCCAUGCCGUGACCAGACUCAUCAAAUUCGCCUUUGAGGUCGCGCAGAAAAGAGACAAGAAACACAUUACUGUUGUGACAAAAAGCAACGCACAAAGAAAUGGCAUGGUCAUGUGGGACGAGAUUGCUUCGGAAGUCGCAAAGGACUUCCCUGAUGUCAAGGUUGAGAAGAUGCUUGUGGAUGCCAUGACAUGUCGCAUGGUAUUGCAACCAGGAUCGCUGGACACUAUUGUCGCCACGAAUCUUCACGCAGAUAUCCUGUCGGACCUAGCUGCAGCUUUAGCAGGCAGCAUCGGUAUCGCACCAACCUCCAAUCUCGACCCGACACGUCAAAAUCCCAGCAUGUUUGAGCCAAUCCACGGAUCUGCUUUCGAUAUUACAGGAAAAGGUAUUGCCAAUCCUGUGGGAACAUUCUGGACUGCAGCAGAAAUGCUGCGUUGGUUGGGUGAAGAGACCGCUGCAGACAAACUGCUUGAGGCUGUGGAGAUCGUCAGUGGAAAUGGUGUUUCGACGCGUGAUCUAGGUGGCAGCGCGAACACCAAAGAAGUGACAGAUGCAGUAUGCGAGGAGAUCAAGAAGAUCUACGCGUAG